CCCAAUUACGCAAACCUUUGCUGUACCUCGAAGCCUUUUUCUUCGAUCGCCGCGGUUGCUCCCUCUCUCUCUCCAUUUAGUCCUCGCCUCGUUCGUGUGAAUCCAGAUCUGCGGCUCCGUGCCCAAGAAAAAUAUCUCUGGUUGGUCGAUUAUUCGAUCGAUCAAUCAGUCUGAUUCGAUUUCGGCGUUAGGGUUUUCGUCGGGGUUGAAGCGAAGAAAAUGGCACAGCAAUCGUUGAUCUACAGCUUCGUCGCUCGCGGAACGGUGAUCCUCGCGGAAUACACGGAGUUCAAAGGUAAUUUCACCUCCAUCGCUGCGCAGUGUCUCCAGAAGCUUCCAUCGUCGAACAACAAGUUCACCUACAACUGCGACGGCCACACCUUCAAUUACCUUGUCGAUAAUGGAUUCACCUAUUGUGUUGUUGCAGCCGACUCUGUUGGGAGGCAGAUUCCGAUGGCCUUUUUGGAACGAGUUAAGGAAGAUUUUAACAAGAGAUAUGGUGGAGGGAAGGCUGCAACUGCUCAAGCAAACAGCUUGAAUAAAGAGUUUGGCUCUAAACUGAAAGAGCACAUGCAGUAUUGCAUGGAUCAUCCUGAAGAGAUCAGCAAGCUUGCAAAGGUUAAGGCUCAAGUGUCUGAAGUUAAGGGCGUAAUGAUGGAAAACAUUGAGAAGGUUCUGGAUCGUGGCGAGAAAAUCGAGCUUUUGGUGGACAAAACUGAGAAUCUUCGCUCACAGGCGCAAGAUUUCAGAACACAAGGAACUAAGAUGAGGAGAAAGAUGUGGCUUCAGAACAUGAAGAUAAAACUCAUAGUCCUCGGCAUCAUCAUCGCUUUGAUUCUCAUAAUCGUGCUGUCGGUUUGCCAUGGCUUCAAGUGUACUUAAUCCGAAACUUCCUCGGGUUAUUACGGUUCUUCACUUCCAACUUGACCGGGGGGGACCUUCUCGGUAAAUCAUGCUGCUCUUUUUGCGCUAUCCUCAUUUCUUGUUUCUUGCUAGAUUGUACGUCCUGAAUUGGGUUUUGUAUAGGUCAUAUAUAUAUGAAUAUAUGCGUGUACAACAUUUGCUAUAUUUCCGGUAUCCGACUGAUGUUUGAAAGGGAUUGAAAACUUGUGAAUGCUUUUAAAUACUUAGGCUCUGUGUGAGGAGUUCACUUUUA